AUGGAUGGAAAAUCUGACUGGAACCAGUAUCUGUGUGCUGAAGCAAACCUGGCCCUUCUCUAUCAGCUGAAUCUGGAGCUUUAUGUGUUUUUUGGGGAUUAUGCUAGAUAUAUGAAGACCAUACCAGAGAACCAAGCCGCUCGCGGGGAUAAUCCGGCAGUUUUGCCGGCAGCGAGACGUGGGUUUUUGUUAGACAGGGAUAAGCAACGCAUCGCUCGGGCGCCGGUGCUCACGGAUUCCGAAGAAGAGCAAGAUCAGACGCGUCAUGCUCAAUUUUCUGAUUCAGACAAAGAAUUGAUUCCUCAUCGGAGGAGACGGCACACCGUACGGGGAAGACAAUCAGGUGAUUUUCGAGUGAAAUUAGACAUUCCAUUUUUUGAUGGUAGAUUGCACAUUGAAGAUUAUUUAGAUUGGGAGAGAUCCGUUGAAACAUUUUUUGAGUAUAUGGAUAUUGAACCCGAGAAACAGGUAAAAUAUGUCGCCUGUAGAUUAAAGGGGGGAGCUAGUGCGUGGUGGCAACAAGUAACCCAAUCUAGAAGGCGGGAAGGCAGAGGAGCGGUGCGCAAUUGGCUGCGGAUGAAACAACUGCUCCGAGGGCAUUUUUUACCGACUGAUUAUGAACAGAUGCUGUAUGUGCAAUAUCAGCAUUGCACGCAGGGAGCUCGAUCUGUGAACGAAUACACUGAAGAAUUCUAUCGGUUAAGUGCCCGAAAUAAUCUCAAUGAAUCCGAUAACCAAUUGGUGGCAAGGUACAUUGGGGGAUUGAAGGAGUCUAUUCAAGAUAAGUUAGAGCUUAAUGCAGUAUGGUCAUUAUCUCAAGCCAUAAAUUAUGCUCUUAAGAUUGAAUUACAGACCAAGAGGCAGGCAUCAGUCAGGUCUUACAGACGGAAUUGGGAGCAGCCCGUGGAAGCCCCGAAAAUACCAUUACAGAACACAGUUAAUGCAAGCAAGCCUCAGAUCUCAACCACUGGAGCAGGACAGACCACAUCUGUAGCGGGACAACCACAAACACCUGGGCCUAGAAUGCUGGAGCCCAAAGGAAUUAUGAAAGGGAAGGCUCCAGUGAAGGAGAAUCCUUAUGCCCGAGCAUCAACUUUGAAAUGUUUUAGGUGUUUCCAGCCAGGACACAAAUCUAACGAAUGCCCCACACGUGGCCAACUGCAAAUACUGGAAGGAGAAAUUGAAGAAGUGGAAGAUGGUAAUGAUGAAUGGGCUGAAAAUGUAGUGGAAGAUGUUGAUGGCGAUGAUGGGGAACCAGUUGUGUGCGUGCUGCAAAGACUACUGCUAGCUCCUCGACGUCCGGCUAAAACACAGCGAAAUGCACUUUUCAAAACAAAGUGCACGAUUAAAGGGAAGGUUUGUGAUGUGCUCAUUGAUACAGGUUGUACCGAGAAUGUUAUUUCUCGUGCCGUAGUUCAAUCACUACAGCUUAAAACAGUGAAAAGUCCCAACCCGUAUAAAAUCAGUUGGGUUAAAAAGGGGAUUGAAAUGGCGGUGACGGACAUGUGUAAGGUGUCUUUUUCCAUUGGAAAACAUUACGCAAGCGAAGUAUUAUGUGAUGUGGUGGACAUGGAUGUGUGUCACCUUAUUUUGGGCUGCCCUUGGCAGUUUGACGUAGGAGCCAUCUACGAUGGACGCGCCAACACCUGCUCGUUUGAAUGGAAAGGAAAAAGGCUGCGGUUGUUGCCCAGGUCGCCGGAUCAGGACUCAAGCAAUGUCAAUGCUAAAACUGUGUUGUUCUCUGUAUCGGGUAAAAGGCUGUUAAAUGAGUGGAAAGACUCUUAUUGCAUUAUGGCAUUGGUGAUCCAAGAGCAAAACCGGAACUCUCAAACAAGCACUAUUCCUGAGAUUGUCAAAAAUUUACUGCAACAAUUUGCCGAUAUUGCUCCAACAGAACUUCCAUCUGGACUUCCACCGAUGAGAGCCAUUCAGCACCAAAUUGAUUUUCUGCCAGGAGCGAACUUGCCAAACUUACCACAUUACAGAAUGAGUCCUAAUGAACACUUAGCAUUACAGCAGAUUGUAGACGAGAUGCUGGAGAAGCAAUUGAUUCAGCCGAGCUUGAGUCCGUGCGCCGUGCCGGCUCUUCUAGUACCCAAAAAAGACGGUAGUUGGAGGAUGUGUAUGGACAAUCGAUCCAUCAAUAAAAUCACUGUCAAGUUCAGAUUUCCAAUGCCAAGGUUAGAAGAUAUGCUGGAUAAGUUGACGGGUGCUCAAGUUUUUUCUAAACUUGAUUUGAGGAGUGGAUACCACCAGAUCCGUGUUCGUCCUGGUGACGAAUGGAAAACAGCGUUCAAAACGCGCCAAGGAUUGUAUGAGUGGAAAGUAAUGCCAUUCGGGUUAUGCAAUGCGCCGGCAACAUUUAUGCGGUUGAUGAACGAAGUGCUUAGACCCGUCCUGAACCGGUGCUGUGUAGUGUACUUUGACGACAUCCUGGUGUUCAGUUCAACAUUGGAGGAUCAUAUCCAACACCUUACAACCAUUUUUGGUAUCCUAAGGGAGAACCAACUCUUUUUAAAUCUGACCAAAUGUGAUUUUGCAUCUCCACAGGUGGCUUUCCUCGGCUUUAUUAUUUCAGCGACAGGAAUUAACGUGGAUCCAAAGAAGGUUGCUGCUAUUGUUGACUGGCCUACUCCUCGUACUCUUUUUGAGAUCCGCAGUUUCCAUGGUUUGGCCAAUUUUUACCGCAGAUUUAUUAAGGGAUUCAGUAUUGUAAUGGCUCCAAUAACUGAUGUGUUGAAACAACCUCAAUUUUCAUGGUCCACUGCUCAACAGGAAAGUUUUGAAGCAAUUAAAUCAGCACUUUCUACCGCUCCUGUGCUAUCUUUGCCAGAUUUUGAAAAGCCAUUUAUGGUAGACACGGACGCGUCGACGGUAGGAGUUGGGGCGGUUCUGUCCCAAAACGGUAAACCCGUAGAAUAUUUCAGUGAAAAGCUGAGUCCGUCGAGGCAACGCUGGACGGUUUACGAGCAAGAGCUUUAUGCCGUUAUUAGAGCUCUUAAGCAAUGGGAGCAUUAUUUAUUGCAUCAGGAUUUCGUCCUUUGUAGUGAUCACAAAGCAUUGCAAUAUAUUAAUUCUCAAAGAAACAUCAAUAGAAUGCAUGCGAGGUGGAUUAUUUUCUUGCAGAAAUUCACCUUCGUGUUGAAACACCGUAGUGGAGCUGAAAACCGGGUGGCGGAUGCCUUGAGCCGCAGAAUUGCUAUUUUAACUCAAGUGCAGACUGAUUUUACUGGUUUGGAACAUUUGAAGGAUCUGUAUCAGCAUGAUGAGUUCUUUCGAAGCUUUUGGAACAAAUGCAUCAAUAAGGAGCCUGUGGUUGAGUAUUCUCUUCAAGAUGGAUUUUUAUUUAAAAACAAACUACUGUGUGUGCCUUUGUCAUCGUGGAGGCAGCAAAUAAUAUCAGAAGCGCACGCGGGUGGGCUAUCGGCUCACAACGGCCGUGAUAACACAAUUGCGCAAUUGCUAAAGCGAUUUUUUUGGCCUCAAUUGCGAAGAGAUGUCACUAAAUUUGUGCAGUGAUGUGCAGUGUGCCAAAGUUACAA